AUGAAGAUCUUCAGCAUAGGUGCAUUCCUUCUUGGAUUGCUGAUCAUCCUGGUUUCAUUUCCACCAGAGAUUUAUGGAAAAACUUGUCACCCAAGUGGUGGCAUAAGGGGAAGGAAGCCCCCUUCAGGACAAUGCAACACUGAAAACGACUCUGUUUGUUGUAUCCAAGGAAAGUUCUAUACCACCUACACAUGUUCACCACCUGUUUCAAGUAGUACAAACGCAACACUAACUUUGAACAGUUUCCAGAAGGGAGGUGAUGGAGGUGGCCCAUCAGAAUGUGACAAGAAAUAUCAUUCUGACGACACACCUGUUGUUGCACUGUCAACAGGAUGGUACAAAGGAGGGGAUAGGUGUCAUAAUUUCAUAAGGAUUAAUGGUAAUGGGCGAAGUGUGAAAGCCAUGGUUGUUGAUGAGUGUGACUCUUCGAUGGGUUGUGAUGAAGAACAUGACUAUCAACCACCAUGCCCUAAUAACAUUGUUGAUGCCUCUAAAGCAGUUUGGAAGGCAUUGGGUGUAUCCCUAGAAAAUUGGGGUGACUUGGAUAUCACCUGGUCAGAUGAAUAA